GAUGGAGGAGGACCCAGCUGGGACUUUCCUCUGCCCUGAGGAGAAAAAGUUGGAUUACAGGGAGAUGAUCCACGGUGCAGCCACGGAGGAGGCAUGCGGGAGCUGACUGGUUUGUACCCCCGCUCGGGAGCGGGCCUCCUCCCGCUGCUGUUGAUCCCGCCGGUUCUCCUCGUUCUGCAGCUCCUCGUCGUGGCGCGUCUGUGGGUGGAGGAGAGGGACGGAGCCGUUGCCUUCACCAUUAUCAGCAUCGAGCCGGAGAGGAGCUCAACAGGCCAGGCCGGGGGAGCCCCCUCCAGGAGAUCGGGGUGGGAGGAGGAGGAGGAGGUGCGAGACGGGGAGCUGAUGAGGGAUGUGGAGCAAGCGUAUGAGGAUGAGAACGAGAUGCAGGAGCGCCAGGUGGGACCCAGAGUGAUGGAUGUGCAGCUGUGGGCGGUGAACAAACCAUCCUUUCCAGCAGAACUCAGUCGUAUCAUCACGUAUAUCACAAGGCCACAGCUGAAAUGUUCCAAGGUAUUACCUCCAGGGAAGGCUCAGGCAGUGCUGCCCCCCAUGACUUCAGCUCGCUGGCUGCUGUGUGCCGAGGACUGGCUGCUUCCAGCUGCACACAGACCCUGCAUUGCCUACUCCUUCAGCAUGGAUGGAGGAGAUGCAGACUUUCUGAGCACAGUCUCCGGGCUCGGAUGUGAAAUCCACCGUUUUGAUCCCAGCACCUCCAGUGCAUCUGUUGGUCACCUUGGCAACAGUUUAGCCAAUAACCAUGGCAACACGGGCGUCGUCAGCCAGCACAAAUUGUGGCUGGAAUGGCGAGCUCCAAAAGGGCGCAGGCACAGGAUGAGUGGCAGCCAGGGCGGGGUUUCUCACACGCUGGCUGACAUCAUGGCAGCUCUGGGACACCACACCGUUCAUUUUUUGUAUGCUGACCUGUUAAGUGCUGAGUGGCGGGUUUUUCAGAACUGGAUCGAGGUGGGCAUUCUGCAGAACAUUCAUCAUCUGGUCGCCACUGUACACCUGCACUGGGCAGGCUUUGAGGUGGGAGGCAGCAAUGAGGAGGUGCUCCGCUACUGGUUCAGUGUCCUUCGGGGUCUCGAGGCCUGUGGACUCCACCUGGUUCACAGCUCCUCAGGAGAGGGUCACAGUGUCCUGAAACACACCUUAGAAAGUGCUCAUAGCUCCUACACCCUCACCUGGGCAAACAUACAACACUGAUACUCAACAAACCUAAUAAAGUUUUGCUUAAAAAUGA